AUGCGGAGAUCUGGGAAGGCACGGGUGGCAGGAAUGGAGAAAGUUUACGGAGAGGGGAGGAUGCUGCAGGAAGCUAUUCCCCUUCUCCCACCUCUUGGAGAGCAGAAGAUGUUACCCAGAUUAGCCGCCCUCGUGAUGGUCCUUGGGAUCCUGCCUCUGCCCCUUAGCAGUGCCCAGAACUGCCUGAGCAAGCAACACGUCGCAGCCACCAUCCAACAGAUGCAGAAGCUGCUCUCGGCUUACGAGGUGGCCCAGAUGCGCAGCCUGCGAAACCUGAAGAAGCAGCUGGCGCUCCUGCCAGCCGGUGCCCAAAAGCCGCCGGCUAAGCAGAAUGAGAGCUGCACGCCUCCUUCUGCACCCUCCAAUGGCAGGAGGCUGGGCAGGGGAACGGCCAUUGGGAAGGAGGUCCAUUUUGUCUGCAAUCCUGGCUUUGCGCUGACCGGGUCUGAGACGCGGGUCUGCUUGAAGAACAGAACCUGGAGUGGACAGCAGGCCUUCUGCAAAAGCACCAGCGAUUGUGCCAGUCGGCCCUGUGCCAACGGAGGGACCUGUGUGGAUGCUGGUCCUCGCUACAGCUGCUUGUGCCCCAGCGGCUGGUCAGGGAGCAACUGCCAGGCUGCCCUUCAUGCCCACAGGGCAGCUGUGAGCAACGCAACGUUCAGCCGUCAACCCCACUGCAUCGAGCAUCCGGGGGGCUCCCGCCAAUGCAGCUGCGAUGGCGGCUUCCUGUUGACGAGGGGAGGCGUGUGUCAAGAUGUGGAUGAGUGCCAGCUGUACCAAUCCAACUAUCACACCCGGAUCUGCCUCCACGAAUGUGUGAACCUACCUGGGUCUUAUCAGUGCACCUGUCCGCCCGGCUACCAGUUUCAGGCUGAGCAGAACAUCUGCAGCGAUGUGGAUGAAUGUGCGACAAAUCAAGACAACUGCAGCCGCGGACAGAUUUGCGUCAACCUCUUUGGGGGCUUCCGUUGCGUGAAACCCGAAUGCCCCAAGACCCACUUCAACACAACUUACGUCAAGACGUCAGCCUCGCAGUGUGAACGGAGCCCUUGCCCCAUGGGGAGCCAAGCCUGCCAGAAAUCCGCCCAUGCCGUCUCCUUCCACUACCUGCCCCUCCAGUCCAACCACUCCAUCCCCUGGGUCCUUUUCAAGAUGUCCACCAGCCGCUCUCUGGGGGACAGCCUGCGCUUCGCCCUCCUAGGGGGCAACAGCCAAGGGAGGCUGGCAGUCCGACGCUCGGACCAGCACGCAGGGGAGCUGGUGCUGACCCGCUCCGUCCUGGGGCCGGCAGUCCUGGAGGCCGAGGUGGAAAUGAGCGAAUUUGCCCAGAAGAUCCUUCUAGGGAAGCACAUCUUCAAGGUCACGUUGUUGGUUUCCCAGUAUGAGUUCUGAGCCCCCUCGGAAUCCCCCGUCGGGCUUUGGAGGCCAGGACCGGAUGUGGCCGGGACCUGGA